AUGGUUAAGGACCAGAUCAUUGGCCCUAUUCUGGCUUGGAUAGCGCAGUCAAGGGCAAGACAGCUUCCAGAGACAUUUCUUACCCUGAGACCCAAGCAUUGUGGAACUGUGGGCUUCAGUGAGCCCCUUUGGCCGGAGUCCCUGGGAGUGGAGCACUUCGUGUGGGAGAUGGGACAGUUUUAUGAGGCAGAGAGUUGUCUUGUGGAGGCAGGGAAGAUGCCUGCAUGCCAGAGGCGGUUUGCCCACUUCCCGAGCUUGGCGUUGGAGUUGUUGCUAAAGGGCCUACCCCUGGAGCUGGUGGAUGGGAGUACUCUCAGCACCCCCAUGCGCUGGGUCACAGGACUCCUGGAGGAACUGCAUGAAUGCCUGGAGAGAAGAUCAAGACUGGUGGUCCUGUCUGCACUGGGUGUGCCGGGCACAGGGAAGUCCACCCUGCUCAAUACCAUGUUUGGUCUGCAAUUUGCCACAGGCAGGGUCUGUAGCUCUCGAGGAGCCUUCAUGCAACUUAUAAUGGUGACUGAGGGCUUUAGCCAGGACCUGGGCUGUGACCAUAUCCUAGUGAUAGAUUCUGGGGGUUUGAUGAGUGGGUCCCUGACCACAGCUGGGGAAAGGUUUAAGUUGGAAGCUUCUCUGGCCACUUUGAUUAUGGCACUAAGUAAUGUCACUGUGGUCAGGUUAGCUGAAACAAGGGACAUUCCUCCCGCCAUUUCGCAUGCAUUUCUGAGGCUGGAGAAAACAGGGCACAUGCCCAACUAUCAGUUCGUAUACCAGAACCUCAGUCCUACACUGAGAGAAUGGAGGCAGCUCCUGGAUCAAGCAAGUGAUGCGAGCAGAGCAUCAGUGCACGUGGAGAAACAGGGUGACGACAUUCGGACUCUGGCCGACUUGGCUUUUUGUGACCCAGAGAAGCAGCACAUUUGGCAUAUCCCUGGGUUGCGGCAUGGAGUGCCUCCCAUGGCUGCUGUGAGCCUGGGAUAUGGUGAAGCCAUUUUUGAAUAGAAAAGAUGCUUAUUAGAAAACAUCAGGAAUGGUCUGUCCAACCAGAACAAAAACAUUCCGCAGCUCAUUGAGUUGGUGAGACAAGUUGAUGAGUGUGGAGAGGCUUGCCGUGGGCACUCUCUUUCUGAGUAA